UUGUAUCUUCGAUCCCAGAAAACCAAUUCUUCGUUCAGGCGAUUUACCUACAAACAGAGAGAGAGAGAUGGAUAAAGCCAUCGAGAGACAGAAAGUUCUGCUCAACCAUCUUCGCCCUUCUUCUUCAUCUCAGAGCAGUGAAUCUGCUCUCUCCGCUUCUAUCUGCUUGGCCGGAGAUAGCGCAGCAUAUCAAAGGAAUGCUGCAUUUGGGGAUGAUAUUGUGAUUGUGGCUGCAUACAGGACUCCAUUAUGCAAGGCCAAGAAGGGUGGUUUCAAGGAUACCCCUGUUGAUGAUUUACUAGCAGUUGUUCUUAGGGCACUGAUAGAGAAAACAAAUUUGAACCCAAGUGAAGUUGGAGACAUCAUUGUUGGCACUGUGUUGGCACCAGGCUCCCUCAGAGCAAUUGAAUGCAGGAUGGCAGCUUACUAUGCUGGCUUCCCUGAUUCUGUUCCUAUCAGGACCGUGAAUAGGCAGUGUUCAUCUGGGCUUCAGGCGAUUGCUGAUGUUGCUGCCGCCAUAAAAUCUGGGUUCUAUGAUAUUGGAAUUGGAGCUGGAGUGGAGUCCAUGACAACAAAUUCAACAGCUUGGGAAGGUGCAGUUAAUCCAAGGGUGGAGUUGGUUGCAAGGGCCCGCGAUUGUCUUCUUCCCAUGGGUAUUACCUCUGAAAUUGUUGCAGAACGUUAUGGUGUAACACGGCAGGAGCAAGACCAAGCAGCUGUUGAAUCUCAUAGGAAAGCUGCUGCUGCAACUGCUGCUGGUAAAUUCAAAGAUGAAAUCAUUCCAGUGGCCACCAAGAUUGUGGAUCCUAAAACGGGGGAGGAGAAACCUGUUACGAUUUCUGUUGAUGAUGGAAUUCGACCAGACACAUCCCUAGCAGUACUGGCAAAACUCAAGCCUGCAUUUAAGAAGGAUGGUUCCACCACUGCUGGCACUGCUAGCCAGGUGACUGAUGGCGCUGGAGCAGUCCUCCUCAUGAAGAGAAGUCUAGCCAUGCAGAAAGGGCUUCCCAUUCUUGGUGUAUUCAGGAGUUUUUCUGCUGUUGGAGUGGAACCAUCGGUCAUGGGCAUUGGUCCAGCUGUUGCAAUUCCAGCUGCAGUAAAGUCUGCUGGUCUUGAACUUGAUGAUAUUGAUCUUUAUGAGAUAAAUGAGGCAUUUGCCUCUCAGUAUGUAUACAGUUGUAAGAAACUGGAACUUGAUCCAGAGAAAGUUAAUGUUAAUGGAGGUGCAAUGGCUAUUGGGCAUCCUUUGGGUGCAACAGGUGCACGUUGUGUGGGUACCCUCUUGCAUGAGAUGAAACGUCGUGGCAAAGACUGCCGUUUUGGAGUAGUGUCUAUGUGCAUUGGCACGGGAAUGGGGGCUGCAGCAGUCUUUGAAAGAGGAGACGGUGUUGAUGGCAUCUCCAAUGUUCGAAAGGUUGAGACUCAAAAUUUCCUGUCCAGAGAUGCUCGAUAGAUUUUGGUUCAUUGAGAAUUGUUUGGGUGUAUUGGAAAUGCUAAUAGAGCAAUGUAAUAAGGGGGCAUUAAUUAGGACCAAUUUUUAAGAUUUAUGGAAUUAUAAUGUAUCUUGAUACUAGAUCAAAUGUUAUUCAAGUGAAGAGUGAAAGGCCUUUUUCAUUUUUU